UUAAAAAACACACGUUGUUCUUGUCUUGAAUAAGGAUUGUGAAUGAUAGACAAAAUAUAUAUUUAAAAAAAAAGUGCAGUUCCCCUUAUUAAGAUGGACCUUUUAUUGUUUUUUGAAAAUUCAAAUUUUCACACAAAAGGGGAGAAGAAUUGCGUUCCUCUCAUGUUCCUUCUUGUCUGGCGACAAUCAAAUUACCUUGACUGUCAGAGUGUUCGCGAAGCCGUCAUGUGACCCCCAAGAGACUUCCCCUGGGCGAUAAAUACCGCGUCUCAGCUUUAUAGGAAUCGUAAAUUCAGCGCUGCCUCAUUUCAGAGCUGGACAGAUAAGUAACGCUUGAGAGGGGGAACCAUUUGGAAGGCAAACAAAGAAGCAGGGAGGGGGGAGAGAACACACUGCUCGGCGCAGAGAGAGGAAGGAGGAGCGACACAGACCGAAGCUCGCCGCUUUCAGUCGGAAAAGCAGCUUCUCCGCAUUCGGACGCUCCAACUUUGUGUCCGUGACAGAAGGAAGGGGAGAAAAUGCUGCCCUGGAGGAGGCAGAAGUUUGUCCUGGUGGAGGACGAGAACAAGAUGAAGUCCAAGAACCUGGGAGGAGGACUGAACUACCAGUCCAUCCUGUCCUCUCUGCUGCGCUCCUGUCCCGACCUGCUGCCCGACUGUUCCUUGGACUGGGUGGGCAGCAUCUUCCACAACAAGCGGCAGAAGGUGGAGCUGAACAGAGAGGAGCCCGUUUACAACGUGCGCUACCUGGGGAGCGUGGUCACCAUCACGGCCAAGGGCCAGGGCUGCACCCGGGAGGCGGUGGAGCAGAUCUGGACCAAGAGCAACUUCGGGGACCAAAGCGUCAAGAUGAGACUGGCGGUGGGCCCGCAUGGCGUCCGCUUGAGCGCCGACAAAUCGGGGAAGAAAAGUCCCGUCCAUCUCUUCUCUCUGAGCCGGAUCACCUACUGCGCCGCGGACCCAUACCGGCCCAAGAUCCUGGCCUGGGUCUACCGCCACCAAGUCAAGAACAUGGCCGUCGUCCUUCGAUGUCACGCUGUCCUGGUGAGCAAGGCGGAGAAGGCCGGCGCCAUCGCGCAGAGCCUCCACAAUCACGCCACCUCCGCCUUCCUGGAGUUCAAACGUCUGAAGCGUCAGAGCGACUUCCGCCGCUGCCGGCAGCAGCGGCUGGGCGAGGAGGCGGUGCCCCUGGCGCCACUCCGCAUGCUUCUCAAUGGCCAGUGCCACUACAGACCCCCCGCCGACACGCCGGGCAGCGCCGCCCGGCUCCACUCCAUCACGGAGGAGGAGGAGGACGACGACGGUCAGGAGGCUGCGGCGCGGGAUGCCGAGCGGGAGGCGGGGCCGCGGAGGAAGGUUUUGACCACCAACACGGACCCGACUCAGCUGUUGUCCCAGUUGGACCUCGGAGACAUCGCAGGACUGGAGCAGUGGCAGAUCAACUUUGUCAGCGACGGCAACAACAACAACACCGUCACCUUUAUAACCUCGCUGGUGUGACGGGGCGGGGGGGGACUGACGCUUCACUGACGACCACGCCGUCACCGCCGGCGUCUCCUCUGAGGGCGCACGACCGGGCGCUUCUUGCGCGCCAGAUGGACCGCGGCGAGUCCGGAAUGUUUACAAGGCCGAUGCACACGAGCACAACCACCAGCGACGCUUUUAAGCCACGGGACAUUUUCUGUGUACGUUUUUUCCUGCCGUGACAAUCCUCGCUGAUAUCAGUCUGUCCGAUAGAGACAUAUCGUGUCGAUGUUACAGUCAUAUCGUGUCGAUGUUGCAGUGAUAUCGUGUCCAUGUUACGGUGAUGUCAUGUCGAUGUCACGGUGAUAUCACGUCGAUGCUACAGUGAUGUCGUAACGAUGUUACAGCGAUGUCGUGCCGAUGUUGUUGGGAGGACCCACGUUUAGGACGGCGAGGGAGGCGAAGGACUAGGAUGCCAGCCAUGGAGGGGAGGCUGUUGAUUACUGCCGUUUGUUGUGUUCCUCAUCAUUCAUCGCCGACAUGGCAGACGUAACCUUUCACGUAGACCACAGGUGUCCGCCGAGGGCCUCGUCGCAUUUUUGCUUCAGGCCGCAUGAAUUAUUUAUUGCGGUCCCCUGGGAAAUUGAUUACAUACAAUGUAAUUUGUUUACAUAGAAUGUAAAAAAAAUAUAUAUAUAUGUAUAUAUACAUAUAUAUAUUUUACGGUAAAACCUGGCAGCUCAGUCGCAGGAAUUUUACCAUAAAAAUCACAGUGGUUUUUACAGCAUAUUAAUUAGGGUUCCGAAUCGCGAUUCUAAUUCAUCACGAUUCUGAAUCGAUUCAUAAUUUACCCAAAAAUGUAUUUAAUAAUAAAACAUUUUUUUUUGUCAUAAUAGUUACAGCAUAAAUAUUAGGGGUGCGCAAAAAAAAAUAAAUUCAC